UCCGCCCUCCCUCCUGGGGAACCUCCCACGUCCAUUCCAGCUUCCUUAAAACACCUUAAUCCUGGCCUCGGUUCCCAGGGACCGACACUUCUCUCCAGCCCCUACGCUGUCCGUCCCGGACUGGGAUUGCCAUGGCUUCCCUCUUGUGUUGUGGGCCGAAGCUGGCAGCCUGCGGCAUCGUCCUCAGCGCCUGGGGGGUGAUCAUGUUGGUCCUUCUUGGAAUUUUCUUCAACGUCCAUUCUGCUGUGCUAAUUGAAGAUGUACCUUUUACUGAAAAUGAUUUUACUGAGAGUGGUCCUCAGAAAAUCUAUGAACUUUAUGAACGAGUGAGCUACAACUGCUUCAUUGCUGCUGGCCUCUACCUUCUCCUGGGAGGCUUCUCAUUCUGCCAAGUACGGCUCAAUAAACGCAAAGAAUACAUGGUCCGUUAGGCCACCCCCAAGGAUUUCCGGGUCCCCCUUGCCCCAUAUCUCUUAUUUAAAUUCCCUUCUCUCAACCUUCCCCUUCCUUCUUGAGGUUCUUCCAUUUCUUUCACUUUAGGAGCUGAGGGUGUUGCUGGUUGCCCCCUGGAGAGUGGGUCGGGGUGGGGGGUGGGGAAGAGGAGGGCCCCAGUUGGGCAUGUUGCUGGGCGGUUUAUCCCAGCUGUGUGGGAGUGGCUCUCCCUUUCCCGUGCUAGCCCCGCGGCUGUCUCCGCUAGUAAAAAUAAAGUGAUGGUGUUCUCUGCGG